AUGAAGAAAGGUGCUCUCGCUCUCUUCCUCAUCCUCCUCACCUUUGCUUCCCAUGGCAUAUGGUGUGAAGCAGCUCGGAGAGGCACCAUGGCUGAUGCAGCUCAUCAUCAUCUGAGGCCUCAUCCCCAGGUGCAGGGAUUGCAUGAAACCCAAGGCAGGAGGCUCCUGGGGAAGCUGGAGCACAUGGCAGGUGGUGGCCCCGGCGGUGGAGCAAGUGGCGGCGGGAGGAACACCGGUGGCGGUGCGGCGAACACGAGGCCGCACAAUACCAAGAACGGCGGCGCUGUGGCCCUGCCGGAACCGGUGACCUCCGUUCUGGCACUGGUCUUCAGCACUACCAUUCUUCUCUCGGUGCUCAGCUUCUAA